CGCUGCUCGUCCACAUCACUCUCUUCUUUUCUCUUGGCCGUUCUAACUAAUCACCGUUCAGGAGUCUUUCUUCCCCGUCGAGCGAGGGAGGGCCUAGGGUUAGGGUUGCGAGUUGGGGUAGAAGCGAGGGCUUGGCCUUCGAUCGGCGACGUGGGUGAUGAGAGCAAGGGAUUUGAGGAAGAUUUCUGAGAUAGAGUUGGAGCCUUUGCAGAGGAGAAUCAUCAUGGAACCGAGUUUCUCACACGCGAGCGCUGAUCAGAACUUCGAAUUCGCCUUCAACUCGAGCAACUUCUCCGACCGGGUGCUGCGGAUUGAGGUCAUCCCGGGGCCUGCGGAGAGCAAAGUCGAAGGCGAUGUGUGCACCAGCAUCUCUGAUUGGGCCCGACAUCGUAAGCGCAGGAGGGAGGACCUGAAGAAGGACAAAGCAUCGGGGUUUGCUGUCUAUAGUUCGGAACACAUUUUGGAUGGUCACCAGCCUGACACAGAGGACAUUCUGACAUAUGAAAACAAUGAUGGAGAGACUGUGGCAAUGAUAGAAGAGUCACCUUCAGGUGAUGACCAUUCUCUUGGCAAUGAAUCAUCCUGGGAUGUGGAUUUUUCUCUUAUGAAGGUCAAAUCCAUAUAUAUAAAUUCUGCAAUAUUAGCUGCAAAAAGCCCCUUUUUUUACAAGCUUUUCUCGAAUGGCAUGCGAGAAUCUGAUCAGAGGCAUGCUACCUUACGAAUUAACGAGUCAGAGGAAGCUGCUCUCAUGGAACUGCUGAGCUUUAUGUACAGUGGGAAAUUGUCAACUGUCUCAGCACCAGCCCUUCUAGAUGUUCUAAUGGCGGCUGAUAAAUUCGAGGUUGCUUCUUGCAUGAGGCACUGCAGUCAAAUACUAAGAACAUUGCCGAUGACGACAGAUUCAGCUCUCCUCUAUUUAGAGCUCCCUUCCAGUGUUUCCAUGGCUUCUGCUGUUCAACCACUCACAGAUGCUGCCAAAGAAUUCCUUUCCAAUAAAUAUAGGGAUAUAAGCAAGUUCCAAGAUGAAGUGAUGAAUCUACCUCUAGCUGGAAUUGAGGCAAUCCUGAUCAGCGACGACCUCCAAGUGGCUUCAGAGGAUGCUGUUUACGAUUUGGUGCUAAAGUGGGCUCGAAUGCAGUACCCGAAACUUGAAGACAGGAGAGAAAUACUCGGAUCCCGCCUCGUACGCCUAAUCCGAUUCCCCUUCAUGACCUGCCGAAAACUGCGGAAGGUGCUUGCCGGCAAUGACCUCGACCACGAGAUCGCCUCCAAAGCCGUCAUGGAUGCGCUCUUCUUCAAGGCCGAGACUCCGCACCGGCAACGCUCCCUCGCCACAGAGGAUCUCGUUUACCGACGGUUUGUUGAACGGGCAUACAAAUAUCGCCCGGUGAAGGUUGUGGAGUUCGAUCUUCCCCACCCUCAAUGCAUAGUUUAUUUAGACCUGAAGCGGAAUGAGUGCGCCAAUUUGUAUCCGUCGGGUCGAGUGUAUUCCCAGGCAUUCCACUUGGGCGGCCAAGGAUUCUUCCUCUCCGCGCACUGCAACAUGGAUCAACAGAUUUCAUUUCAUUGUUUUGGACUUUUCUUGGGAAUGCAGGAGAAGGGUUCGGUGAGCUUUACGGUGGACUAUGAGUUUGCCGCGAGGACGAAGCUGGCAGGCGAGUUUGUGAGCAAAUACAAGGGAUGCUAUACCUUCACGGGAGGGAAGGCUGUUGGGUACAGAAAUCUGUUUGCAAUUCCAUGGACUGCUUUUAUGGCUGAGGAUAGUCAAUACUUUAUGAAUGAUGUUCUUCACUUGAGAGCUGAGCUGACAAUUAAACACCCACAGCCAUUGCUUCAGCACUAACAACUAUUGUUUGACUGAAUUUUUUUACUUGUUAAGUGGCCAUAAACUAUUGUUACUUCAAUUCUGAUGUUACUAAAGACUUUUUUGCUAUA